CAGUGUUGUCCUUGAUUUACGAACCUUGUGGUACCACAAAAGAAGCAAGCUGAUUCCAGUAGUUCCCACCAUGAUGCCAAUUAUCAGUUCUUUGUUUGUGGAAUGAGGCAUUUCUUGGGUUUUGUUUCUGAGUUCGCCGCUCGGGCCUCUUCGCGGUCGGAGAACGGGGACCCUGGACCUGCGGCCGGGCGGACGGGAGCGGAGCGGCGGCCGGGCGGACGGGAGCGGAGCGGCGGCCGGGCGAACAGCAGCCGGGAGCCCGCGGGUCCCCCCGUCCGGCCCCGCGGCCCGCCGCGUCCUGACCCAGAUAGCGGAGGCGCCGGGGGAGGAGCCCGCGGCCGCUCGCCCUACGGCUCCCGCCUCUUCCCGCGGGGGUUCGACUUACCCCGGCCGGCAGCCAGCGCACCUUUUCCAGAAGGAGAAUGCGCUCCGCCGGCGCCUCGGCCCGCACCGCAUAUUGUUGCAGGGAUGCUGCCUCCCCUCCAAGCCUGUCGCCCUCGGGUCUCCGGCCCUGGCUCUGGGCCAGCCGCGACAGGCCCAGGGCGUCUGUCCCAUCACUGCCGCUCCCCAAACCCGCCUGCACCUGGCUCCCGCGCCCAAACUCACCCUUCCCCCAGUAUACCCUUCUUUGUUACCCCUCCUAGGCAUAACCUUGAAGUUCCAUCUUCAUUCCAGGUUAGGGCAGACGUCAAAUUUAGGCUUGCAGAGAACUUAGUCUUGAUUACUAAAUUCCCCACCAAUGCACUGAAUGGAAUUAAAAACAGGUCACUCCUAUUUGUUAAGGAAAAAAAAAAUCCUGCUCUACGAAAAAUUAAAAGGCUUGUUUUAUCAUCUAUACAAUGCUAUUUACUGAUGAGGGUUCUCUAGGAUCCUAAGGUGUUUUUUUGAGUUUUAAGCAAGCUGCAUCAAAGAAUAAGCAAGCCUAGCCAUAGCCACAGUCAUUUUAUUAAAACAAAGUUGUAUUUUGGAAGACAGCAGGCUAACACUUCUAAGAUUUGAAACUAGCACUCCAUUCCAAAAACCAC